AUGUCUCACGAACUAAGAGUGCUUGUGAAACGUGAAAAACAGUUGAACAACAUCAUUGAAUCGAUCGAAAAAUUUGUGGAAAACUUUCAUCCAGAAACUGAUCAACGACAAAUCAGUGUGCGAUUAGAAAAACUAGAAAAUACUUGCAAAGAGUUCUAUGAUGUGCGCGGUAAAAUUGAAUUACUUAUCGAAGAGGCGAUGGAAGAAGAAUCGGUGGAUGGUGCUGCUAGAGGAAAAGGAGAAGAUCGAACGGAUGACCAGUCGAGAGAGGACGCAAAUAAUCUUUUAUUGCAACAAUUUGAUGAUAAGUUCUGUAUGCUGAAGGCGGAAUUGUUGGAGUUGCAGUUUAGAGAUCUUCCACAUAAUUUCACCGAACAUUUGACUCGACCCUCUCCAACUUUUUCAAAAGUUAAACUACCAGAAAUUCGUUUACCAACUUUUGGAGGGAAGGUCAAUGAAUGGGUCGUUUUUAGGGAUUCUUUUCACAGUUUGAUCGAUCAGAAUUCUGAACUUACAGAAAUGGAUAAAUUUACCUAUCUUCGUGCUGCCUUAUCUAGUGAUGCUUUGCAAGAGAUCAAUAAUAUUGAACUCUCUGCCGCUAAUUAUACUUUGGCAUGGAAUGCGCUUCAAGACCGAUAUGAAAAUAAGAAAAUCAUUGCAAAAUCUUAUUUAGAUGCCUUGUUUUCUAUCGAACCUUUGAAAAGAGAAAGCUUCGAGGGUCUCAAUCGUUUGAUUAACGAUUUCGAGAAAAAUGUGCAGAUGUUAGAUAAGAUCGGCGAAGAAACGAAAGGUUGGAGCACACUGCUCGCCCAUAUGAUUUGUUCUAGACUUGAUGCAUCUACAUUACGUCAUUGGGAAACCAAGCAUGCGACGAAAGAGGUUCCUGCUUAUAUUCCACUCAUGCAGUUUUUGAAGAGUCAAUGCGCUGUCCUUCAAUCUAUCGGUCCGCAAAAGAAUUCAAGUCCACACAUUGAUCAACGUCUCCAGAAGUCAUCGGUUUGCCACACUAUGGUCAAGUCGUCAGGAACAUGUCCGUUCUACAGUGAAUCCUGGCACUCUGCAUUUCAAUGUGGUCGUUUUCAGAGGAUGAAGUUGGUUGAACGAAACGAAGCUGUCGUCAAGGCCAGGUUGUGUCGUAAUUGUCUGCAUUGGGGACAUUUGGCUCGAAACUGCGAUAGAGGAAGCUGUCAUCAGUGCCAUCAACGGCACCACACCUUGCUGCAUCCACAGGUAAGAUCCUCCGGAACGUUCGCGCCGAGACCGAACCAAUCAGGCAUUCCGUUACCAAGAAACCACCGAGCAUCUCAACCGAAACCGCAGAUCACCAAUCCGACAUCACACACUAACACUUCCCAGCCAGUAAGCUCACAAAAUUCUUCCACACCAAAUAGUAACACAUCAGCCACACCCCAUACGAGCCAAACAUACAUUACACUCCCUAUCACACCUUCGCAAAAUAUUAUUCUAUCCACGGCGAUUAUUAAUAUCAAUGAUAAUCAAGGAAAUCCAGUACCAGCUCGUGCUUUACUGGAUUCCUGUUCUCAAAACUGUCUUAUGACGUCGAAUUUUGCGAAGAAAUUAAGGAUCCGAGAAACUUCAGCACAUCUAUCGAUCCGAGGAAUUGGGUCAUCUGAAGCGGUUUCUACACGAGUGGUGCGGGCAGAAGUAGCAGCAAGAUGUCCCACAAUUUCACCCUACUCCGAGGAAAUGAGCUUCCACGUGCUACCAAAACUAACCGUUGCAUUACCAACAUCAUCGUUCGAGCCUAGUCAGCUUAUGUUACCAGAAUCAACGGUCUCGGCCGAUCCAUCGUUCUUCCGAUCAAAUCCUGUCGACGUCAUAAUCGGAGCCGAGUUUUAUUUCGAUCUGCUGACUGAGGGCAGAUUGAAGAUAGCUGAAACAGGACCAACGCUACAAAACAGCGUGUUCGGAUGGAUCGUCUCAGGACGCAUUCCGAACUGUGACCCAAGGGGGCAGUUUUCAUCUUCCUACGUGAUAUCCAUCGUCGAUAUACAAGACCAACUGACAAAGUUUUGGGAGCUGGAAACUUGUCGUACAAAAAGUGUUUUCUCCAUCGAAGAAACGAUGUGCGAGGAAAUCUUCGAUGCAACAACAACAACAGACAGCAGUGGACGAUAUGUGGUCAGCCUUCCCAAGAAAACCUUCAUGUUGAGCCGUUUAGGCGACUCACGUGCAGCGGCGGAGAAACGGUUUGCAAGUCUUGAACACAAAUUAGCACGGAACGAGGAGUUGAAGUUAGCGUAUGUGGAGUUCAUGCGAGAAUUCAUUUCACUUGGUCACAUGCGAGAAGUCGUUUGUGACACAGCCGUCAACCCAUAUUAUAUGCCUCAUCAUGCCGUAUUGAAGCCAGAAAGCACGACGACAAAGCUGCGGGUGGUUUUUGAUGCGUCGUGUGCAUCAUCGACUGGAGUGUCAUUGAAUGACGCCUUACUUGUCGGUCCAGUCAUUCAAGAUGAGUUGAUCGACAUUGUUCUACGUUUCCGGUUACAUCGGUUGGCGAUUGUGGCAGACAUUGCCAAAAUGUACCGAAUGAUUCGAGUCCAGGAAGAAGAUUGUCAAUUACAACGUGUUUUGUGGAGAGAAAAUGCGAAAGAUCCUUUAAAAUCAUUUGAAAUGACAACGGUCACCUACGGUACAGCAAGUGCACCGUAUCUUGCUACAAAGUGUCUGCAGCGGUUAAGCGUAGAGGCCGAGAAGGAGCAUCCCGAAUCGGCGAAGAUUAUUUCAAAGGACUUUUACAUGGACGAUAUGCUUACUGGGGUUGCUACAGUAGAAGAAGGCCGAGUUCUGAUUUCCAACUUGGUGAAGUUGAUGGAAAGCAGAGGGUUUCAGUUGAGGAAGUUUAACUCCAACUGUCGAGAGAUUUUGGAUGAUUUGCCAGAGGAACUCCGUGAUGAGAAGGCUUUGCUCGAGAUCGAUAACGCCGCUGUCAAAACGCUUGGUCUGGUUUGGGAACCAGCAACAGAUUAUUUCCAAUUCAGAUCACCGAAAUGGAAUUCAUCAACGAUCAUCACGAAGCGGGUAGUGCUUUCUGACGUCGCUCGAAUUUUCGAUCCGCUUGGUCUAGUUGGCCCAGUCGUAGUCCAAGCCAAGAUUUUUAUUCAGAGCCUUUGGAAACUGAACUGUGGAUGGGAUGAGCAUCUUGGAGAGGAAAUGCAGGAGCAGUGGCAUGAGUAUCGCAGGAAUCUUGGUGGACUAGAAGGUAUAUCAGUGCCUCGUUGGUUGGCUAUCAGCUCAAAUUCUAUUUCCGUACAAAUCCAUGGAUUCUGUGAUGCAUCCGAUAAAGCUUACGGAGCAUGUAUCUACAUUCGCACCGUUGAUGAGGCCGGGAACAUCGAAGUACGUCUACUGACCUCGAAGUCUCGAGUAGCGCCGUUGGAAAAUUUGAAAACCAAGAAGCAAAAGCAAUCCACACCUCGCCUAGAACUUUCUUCAGCUCUGACGUUAGCACAUCUCUACGAGAAGAUCAAGAACGCUCUUGGCAUUCAAGCAAAGGCAUAUUUCUACACCGAUUCAAUGAUCGUAAAAUACUGGUUAUCCUCAACUCCGUCUCGCUGGAAAGAGUUCGUGGCCAACAGAGUUUCAGAAAUCCAGCAUGCCACACGAGGAAGUCUAUGGAGCCACACUCCUGGCAUUGAGAACCCAGCUGAUAUAAUCUCGCGAGGAAUGACACCAGCUCAGCUUCAAUACCAAUCGUUAUGGUUCAACGGGCCACAAUGGUUGAAGCACGAUGAAACCCACUGGCCGAGUGCGCAACCAGUUCAGGAAGGGGAGAUUGAUUCGACGAUAUUGGAAGAAAAAGGUGCCGUUGUAGCUGUAGCGCAGCAGUUAAGUACGAGUGAGCUGUUCAGCAUCUGUUCCGAUAUGUUUGAGUUGAUGAGAUUUGUAGCAUGGUCUCGUCGGUAUGCAUUUAAUGCUCGAAAGGUGAAUCGGGAUUGUAGGAAGUUCGGUGCCCUGGCAGUUCAAGAAUUAGAAGAAGCUAUGCGUGUCAUAGUCCGUUUGGCACAAGCAGAAUCUUUCCCGAAGAGUUACACGAUUUGCAGAAGAAAGGUAGUGUUCGUCAGUCGUCUCCACUAG